AUGGCGGGAGUAAACCAGGCGUCAAGCUCUGGGGUUGAUCUCUCCUCUGAAGUGCGGCGCAGAACUGCCCCUCUUACGCAGGAGCCCAGCCGUGCUCCUGAUCAUGAUGCAUAUGAUGCCAAGAAAUCGAAGCAAGAGCCCUCCUCGUUUCGUUCUGCGGUGGCCAGCUGGGAGCCUAUAUUUGCGCCUCUCUUUCUGACUGCUCUGGCAAUUUUCACUCGAAUGUAUCAAAUUGGUCGUUCAGAUAUCGUGACAUGGGAUGAGGCACACUUCGGAAAAUUUGGCUCACACUAUCUGAAGCGCGAAUUUUAUUUUGAUGUACACCCGCCUCUGGGGAAGAUGCUAGUUGGCUUGUCGGGAUUUCUUGCUGGUUAUAAUGGCUCGUUCGAAUUCAAAUCCGGUGAGAAGUAUCCCGAAGACGUCAACUAUACGUUCAUGCGUAUUUUCAAUGCGGCUUUCGGCGCGGUAUGUGUCCCGCUUGCUUACUAUACCGCACGGGAGCUGGGUUUUCGCAAGGCUACUGUCUGGCUUAUCAGUCUGAUGGUGCUAUUCGAAAACUCGUAUGCCACUAUCUCGAGAUUCAUCCUCCUUGAUUCCAUGCUACUUUGCUUCACGUUUACAACCACAUUAUGUUGGGCCAAAUUCCAUCGACUGCAGAAAGCUAGUUUUUCGGCAGAAUGGUUUGCGUGGCUCUUUCUCACCGGCGUGAGCAUUGGCUGUGUCUGCAGUGUCAAAUGGGUCGGUUUCUUCUGCACCGCUAUUGUGGGCCUUUAUACAGUUGAAGAUCUAUGGAACAAGUUCGGCGACCUUAAAAUGCCUGAGGUUGUGGUAGCGAAACAUCUAGUUGCUCGCAUAGUGGGCCUCAUUAUCGUGCCCUGCAUUGUCUACAUUCUGUCUUUCUAUGUUCAUUUCUGGGUUCUCGAGAAUAGUGGUCCAGGAGAUGCCCAGAUGAGCUCACUUUUCCAGGCAAACUUGAAGGGCACCGAGGUCGGGAAGGAUAGUCCUCUUGAGAUAGCACUGGGAUCGAGGGUGACACUGAAAAACAUGGGGUAUGGUGGUGGACUUCUCCAUUCGCAUAUCCAAACGUAUCCUGAAGGGUCAAGUCAACAGCAGGUGACGUGCUAUCAUCACAAGGACUCCAACAACGACUGGUUCAUCUACCCCAAUAGGUAUGAGCCGGACUAUGACCCCGAGGGCUCCUUGAGAUUCGUUGGUGACGGAGACAUCAUCCGUCUAAUCCAUGGGCAGACGGGUCGGAAUCUACAUUCGCAUGCUAUAUCUGCACCGGUUACUAAGAGCCAAUUUGAAGUCUCCUGUUAUGGCAACAUUACCAUUGGCGAUGACAAAGAUCAUUGGGCGGUUGAAGUCGUUGAUGAUGUUGCAUCCAGGGACAGGAGCAGGAUUCGAACUCUUACUACGGCAUUUCGCCUGAAACAUCCUGUCCUGGGCUGUUACUUGCGUGCAGGAAAUGUAAACCUGCCCCAAUGGGGCUUCAAACAGAUUGAGACCACAUGCGUGAAGGAGAAUAAGCCCAGUGAUGUCUAUACUCAUUGGAAUGUCGAGUCACACUACAACGAGAGGCUUCCACCAGGUGAUCCCGGAUCUUACAAGUCUCCGUUCUGGAAGGAUUUUAUCCAUCUGAAUGUCGCUAUGAUGACGUCCAACAAUGCUCUUGUCCCUGAUCCGGACAAGCAAGAUGACCUCGCCUCUAAGUUCUGGCAAUGGCCCAUACUCAAUGUGGGCCUUCGUAUGUGCUCCUGGGAUGACAACACCAUCAAGUACUACCUUCUCGGAAACCCCUUCGUAUAUUGGGGGAGUACUUUAAGUCUUGGAAUAUUUGCCCUUCUGGUUCUUUGGUAUCUCGUGCGUUGGCAGCGAGGAUAUACUGAACUUACCCAAGCGGAUAUUGACCACAUCCACUAUUCCGGUCUAUACCCAGUCAUUGGGUGGGUGUUGCAUUAUUUGCCCUUUGCGGUCAUGGCACGAGUGACUUACGUCCACCAUUACUAUCCGGCACUCUACUAUGCCAUACUCACAUUCGGAUUCUGCGUUGACUGGUUCACACAGCAGAUGAGCAACAAGCUACGUUGGGCGAUCUAUACCUUGCUUUACUGCGCGAUCGUUGGCUUGUUCGCAUACUUCCGGGCUAUUGUGUUUGGUAUUGAAGGCCCCAGCCAGCAGUGGUCUCAUUUGAACUGGUUCAGUGGCUGGCGGAUUGCCAAUUGAGCCGUUCCAUCUCAUCACCACCACCGUAAUCGCCACCCUUAUCGUCAACACCUGUUUACAUAUACCGCUUCUCGUCAUCGCUGUACCUCAUAUGCAAUACCAUACUUGUCACUACUAUUGUUGGCUCGUGGACUAUCUACUCUAGUCAGCUGUAAAAUAUUUAGAUUGGCUGUGUUUCAGGUUUUGGUAUAUGCGCCCCGCGCCUCUGUUAUUUUGUAGCAGUCAAUGUAUAUUGCUUCGCUCUUCUGUACCCAUUACCUCGAUCCU